GACCUCGGCAUAUGAGGUACAAAGGACUGCAUAACAUGUUGAGUGAAACAGCUAGUGUACAAGGAAGUAGACCAGAUCAGCAAUGUGAACUAUGAUUGGCCAUCUUUAUACACGUGAUCAGGGCGUGACUUGCAGCACACAUCACAGCGGGGAGAUUACCUGAGUCGGACUAACGUUGAUCUUGAGAACAAGACACCGGACCUCGGCAUAUGAGGUACAAAGGACUGCAUAACAUGUUGAGUGAAACAGCCAGUGUACAAGGAAGUACACCCGUAUAUCAGCAAUGUGAACUAUGAUUGGCCAUCUUUAUACACGUGAUCAGGGCGUGACUUGCAGCACACAUCACAGCGGGGAGAUUACCUGAGUCGGACUAACGUUGAUCUUGAGUUUGUCAUUCUCUGUAAUGUAAACAAGGAUUCCCAAUGAGAUGUUACUAUGUGGUUACUGUGGUGAAGAUCUCCCAGAAGGGACUAAAAGUGUAGAGGGAGAAGAGACGUAUCAUGAGGAAUGUAUCAAUGAAUAUAUACCAAGACGUGAACAAGCAGUUGCUGAGUUCCUGAAAUAUGCUUCUUAUGAUGGCCACGUCCUGUCCAUGGGAAUUCAUGUGAGCUACCUAUAUGGUUCAAAGCAAGAAAAAGAUCCUAAAAAGAAAAAACAGAAGCGAGAACAAAAAGCAAAUGAGUUGUUAAAUAAAGUUUCAGCUUUGCGCAACUCAAACUCUGGGUCGAUAUUGAUUCAUCUCGUUGGUUUAGCAAAAGAAGAUCAGUUCACUGGUGCAUUUGAUGAGUUUGCAGAUACCAAACUAAAUUCCUUGAUUCACGAUGGAAAACUCUUCCCUGAUGUUUAUAGAAAACAAAGAUUAAGUGAUCUUGAAGAAUGUUGUGAAUUCCAUGAUUUUCUAGUUCUGUUCGUGUCUGCAGCUUCAACCGUGACAACCUCCGACUUUAACACCAAGGUUGCUCUUGAUGACUGCAUCCUAGACCCUACUGCUGAAUCAGUCCGAACAUUUCUGAAGGAAAGAAAAGUGUACAACAAGACAUUCCAUGUACUUCCUGGAGUUGCCUCUACAUCUGACCUAGCAAGCUUACAAGAAAGUAGAUCAGUCCAAUUCAAAAGUCACUUCUCACAGAAAGUCAAAGCAGAUGAAGUAGUUGAUUGCAUCUCUCACAAAGUCCGCCUUACGGAGUAUGUAAGUGCGUUUUCCAAACUUGAAGGAGGGGGUUCUUUUUUGUAUGGCAUACACGAGAAGAAGGUGACCCAUGGUAAUUGUGGUUAUGAUUCUAAGGAACCGAUUCCACAGCCAGUAACCAUCACUGAUGAAAACAAUUUCAAGGAUACACUAGCACAAAGGAUACAGGAGAAUACUCUUGUUUGUGACUAUGAUGGUGGGGCAUCAACUGAUGCUGAUGUAGCACAGGUACGGUUAAUCCCUUCAAGAACGAACGUGGACAACACUCAGAGACUCAAUUGUCAGAGAGGAACUGCAGGUGCAAAAGAGGCAGUUGUUCAGGUAUCCGUGAGGCCAGUGACAGGAAUAGUGUUCUAUGACAAAAAGGGACCAUUGGCUUACAGGUAUGAUGUAAAUACAGACAAUGUCACAAGAAUGAAUGUCAAGGAAUGGUUCCGUGCAUUUACUAGAACUAAUGCCUAGGAUACAUCAACACACACAUGCACAGGAAACAACAACGAAGCAUUAACAGUACUGUCACUAAAAUGUGGAAGUUGUUGAAACAAAUCGUGAAAGAGGAUGAGGGUAACUUCACUUUGGAAACCAAUGACUUUUUUCGACCGAGCCUGAAGCAGAUUGGAAACAGUGUCUUCGAUAUCAGGAAUUACUACAUCCCUCAAGAAGGAGUGAACAUAUUACCAAGCAACAUUGAAACACCCCUGAAAGAAGUUAAGGAAAAACUUUUAGAACUUUUGGACAAUGGUGCUUUUGACUUUCUAUGCAACGAUGCAGUUAACAAACGUACCAAUCAAUAUGAUGCACAAGGAGGUGUUGUGUUCAUAUCUCAAUCGUUGGCUCCCGUCUUUGAUAUCCCUACAUCGGCCCUGGCAGGUCAUGUCAUAUGUGAUGCGUUCAUCGCUCUACCUGGACAUUCUGUCCUGGUCCUCACCCUGGUUGACGGGGACUCCUUCUCAAAGGAAGUAUUGGAGUAUAACAUGUCUGUGGCUAGAGGAGUGACAGUAACACUCAGUAGAUUCAUGAACGAAUGUGUACACCCAGUACAUGGAGUGCUACCUGCCUCGACAUUAAACAACAUUGUGUCCUUUAAAGCUCGCAUAGACAGACUUGUAACAAAGUCAUCACACUUUGUCACAAAGGACUCACUGGUUAUGAAUCCUACCAGGUAUGGCAAAGUCCUGAACGCUUUCUGGGCAGGUGUUGCAGAGACAAAGUCGUUGAUGACAGAGCGUGGGGAAAUAGAUGAUGACAGUCUGAGAUUUCUUACAAGAGAACAAUGUAUUAUACUAGUUGAGAACAUCAACAGUAGAGACGUUCAGGUGAUGUGUGGACCACGUACUGGAGCCACGACGCUGAUGCUGGAGGUAGCCAGGAGACUAAGCAGGCUGGGGGACACACUUCUGGUCUGUAAGUCCCGGGAAGAGAGGGAUAGACUCAGGAAAGUGUAUCGGCCAGCUGUAUCAGCCGAUGAACUCGGUACGCUGGACAUGUCAUCAUAUACAGUCAUCGUGGAUGAAACUAACGUGACAAGAAACUACCCAGUAUGUUCACGCUGGAGAUUUACAAACAUUCAAGAAGAAUUGGCAAACCUGAAGAUGCGUACAACAGCCAUGAAAAGAGAUGUGGACACCGUGAAAGGACAGAUAGAUGCAUUAGAGAGUUAUGAAUGUCAAAGACAGAUAAACUUCCUUUUUGAAGAAAUGGAUGUGUUGCGGCUGCUUUCCGUGAAAAUAAAGCGCUUCAUGACUGAACAUGAUCGAAAGAAAAAGGCACUUCGACACCCUCCAGCUGACGACCUUUCACCAGUGUGUGGCGGUCGGGACCUCCUGGCGAUUAGGAUGAAACCUCAAGUCAUUGAGUUUAAACAGAGAAUAUAUGGACAGGAAGAUGUUCUGUGCAGCAUAAAAGAGUUUCUAGUUGAAGACAAGAUCCACAUUGAUUAUCUCCAGACUACAAUAGAUUCUUGGAUAAAGAAACAGGAUUCAGUGUUUUUUGGAGAAUAUUUUCAUGAUCCCGCAGCCAUAAACCUUGAAAGGGAACUGGAACGCGUCACCAAGCAGUUGCAGGUAAAGAUGGAGAGAAACAGUGAAAAAAAUGACGAGGUGAUUCCUGCAAAUCUGGUGGACGUGUAUAAAGGGGAUGACUCAGUGAUGAAACCACACGCGGACGUCCCACAAGCAGCUCCCAUCGCCCCUACGCCACGAAGUGUAUCAACGAUGCCGUCACAACAGAAUAUAUCUGAAGGCAGGGUGCGAUCUUUCCUUCCCCAGUCAAACCAAUGCAAGGAUUCGGAUUCCGGAGACAAAGAGAAAGAAGAGACGAAGACAGGGGGCGUGGGGCAGAUGGCAAUACAGUUCCAGGAUAUGAUGAAAAGGGCCGAAAAUAUGGAUAAGUCUCAUAGCAGUCAAGUUGAAGAGCCAUCUAUAUCAAAGGGGACGUUGAGUGAUGACUACACUGCAAGUCAAGAACGGGACAUGAGAGCUUCAGAGACACAAAUAUGUAUUGCAGAGAUCGCCGAACAAGAGAAGAGGUUGCUGACCUUAGAGGAGGAACAUGACCUCCAAAAACGACACCUUGAUUUGCUGUACUGUGACCUUCCUCAUGAGUGGUUCAUCAAAGUGCACUACCUACAGAGACACCAGGAUGUCUUGUCCCUGUACGACGUGGAGCUGCCGGAAGUCAUCAGUGAGAUGGUCAGACCCGGACCUUCCCACAUCCAGACAUCCAAGUUGGAGAUUUCUCCAGAAGAUGAAAGCCACAAGAGGCCUGUGAAGAGAAGUCAAAUUGCCAAACUGAGGCGGUUUCAACAAGGGCUGCUGAAGGAGAGUGACCUGUUUGACAUCAUAGGAAACAUGAUUGUCGAUGAUGAAGACCACCUCGCCUCUUUACAAGCACUGAAUGGGCCUGUGUAUGUGGUGGGACCAUCCUCUCUUCAGGUUGUGUGUCCUAAACUACAUCUGGACGCCGCUCGAGUCAACAAAGACGAGUGCCACGUAACUACAGACGGUGAACUGGUCAACUGGGAGCCCGACACAUGGUCACGUGACAGGCGCAGGCUGUGGGAGUAUUGGGGGACCUGUGCCUCCACCCCCAUCCCCCUUUCUCCACCCCACCCCACUCACACCCCGGUAUACAGCACACCCAAAUACUGGGAGACACGCACAAGGGUGCGGGUGGUGAAGGGAAAGUGGUCGCAUGUCCUGGAGAUGGGGGUGGUGGAGGCAGGACAGGUGGACAAUGAGUUGUGUGUUUCUCAACAGCGUCGCUCCUGGUGUGUCCAUGUAGGGAGCUGUGACAGUCACGAGGAGAGUAUCUGUACCACGGUGUGGUGGGAGGAGGAGCAGGGCGAGUGUCACCAGAACACCGUGUCCAACACUCCCGGCACACAGGCCACCUUCCACUAUGGCGUGGUGCUGGAUGUGGGGAGGGGCAGAGUGGCCUUCAUCGAUCUCAACAGAGGGAUUGUUAUAGGGAAGUGUGAUGGGAGGUUCCGGGAAGACCUGUACCCCGUGUUUGGUGUUGGGCCGUCAGAUGAAUGUACUGUCAACAUGGAGCUGAUCAGCGGGGACAACAUCGCCAUCACUGACACCAAGAUGUCACUGAUCCAUGACGCGCUGACAUAGGAAAUAAACAAGACAUGAGACUGUGUGAAGUUAUCAGUGUAACCAGAGACCAUAUAACAGAUUAUUAUAUGGUACCUGGUGUAACUGAGAGAUUUAUAUCAGCUGUUUCAGUGACGUGUACGAACUGAGAGAAGCUGACAUAUAAGUGUCUGGUUUCUAUGUUAUUUCAUGUUCACAAAAAGUAACGAAGUUUGCUAAAUGUGAUGUUUUGCUGCACGAGAGGGUUCUCCAGUGUAUACAAAGUAUUUAGAAUUCUCACAUUGAUAUCUUUAUGUUGAAAUUAUUGCUGUAGUGACUUCCAACAUGAGACACUGUGUGAUGUUUUGAGAGUGAUGUGAUAUGAAAAUGAGUGAAGUGAAGUUUCACAAAAAAAAUGUUUCAAAUAGCAAUUUUCAUAAUUUCGCAUCACUUGCCUGUGAAUUAUAACUGUUUUGAAUCCAAACAUUAAUAGUUUCAUCAUCAGAAUGUUUUUGUAGCAGCUUAAACUAUGACACAGUGUGUGGUUCUCUGAUCAUGACAUGCGUGUGAGAGCACAAGCUUGACAACAAAUUUCGUUAUUUCACCUCACUUGCCUGUAGAUUACACAUGUAUUUAAGAAUUGAAGAUCAGUUUGGAUGGGUUCAUUGAAGUGUGAACGAUUUAAAAGCGCUGCUUAAACUGUGUUUUAGUUUCACCAGCUGCCUUGUGGAAUAUGAACUGGUGGGGAUUGAACGGAGUGCUCUGUAACUCGCGUGAUUUGUGUUACUUUUCAAGCUCAAGGUGUGUUAUAUUUGGAGUUUGGGAUUUGUCGUGUGUGCUGUAAUAAUUUGCUUAUCUGAUGCCGGCUUCGUUUCUGUGCCCCGUCCUUCCUCAUGUGCCGCCGCUUCUCGGCCUAGAAUACGCACACGAAGAAGGUCGACCAACUCAGAAACCAGAAGGCGACUAUGCUUAACGUAAGAGGCGACUAAAGGGAUCGGGUGGACAGGCUCGCUGACUUGGUUGAUGCAUGUCAUCGAUCCCAAUUGCGUGGAUCGAUGCUCAUGAUAUCAAUCACUGGAUUGUCUGGUCCAGACUCGAUUAUUUACAGACUGACGUCAUAUAGCUGGAAUUUUGCUGAGUGCGGCGUUAAACAACAAACCAACCGUCUCCGAUGACCAAUCGUUAAAACGGGUAGAUCUCUAGAUCGAAGCAAGUUUUUUAUUAUUAUUUUUAUUUCAAGUUUCUUCCCUUACCUUUUUUAUGUCUUAUAUUUUUAAAAGCUAGAUUAAUUUUAUUUGGCUUACCAUUGAACAUUUUCAGAGCCUAUUAAUUUAGUGUUUUUCAUUAUAGAUUUGCUGUGUCUUAGUUUCUCAAAAUCUUGUAGGUUUUUUUCUGAUACGAAUGUGAAUCAGGUUUUAGUUUGGGAUUGGGAAAGAAACAGUGUACACUUUAAAGUAUGAAAUUAUUCACUUUUUAAACCUAUUAUGAUGGUUGUAGCUUAUGUGGAGAUCCGAGCUAAAAUUGGUCUACAGCAACCCAUGCUUGUCGUAAGAGGCGACUAACAUGCCCUGUCACGAGGUUGACUUCAAAUUGCAUAAAUCGAUGCUCGUGAUAUCAAUCACUCGAUUGUCUGGUCUAGCCUCGAUUAUUUACGGGCCACCGUCAUAUAGCUGGAACAUUGCUUAGUAUGGCGUUGAACAAGAAUCAAACUAAUAUAUGAUAUGUUGGUUAUUCCCUGAAGAAUGACAGGCUUUGCAAUAGUCAGACCACAAGAGUGACAAGUUGUUCAAAUAAUAAUGUUGGGCAUUUCAAAUGUUUUCAAUCGAGCAUUGACAGUUUUAUGGCUACUUUUUGAGCAGCACAUAGUAUUUCACAUGGUGUUUACCGGACUUAGUUUGGCGUCAACACGUGGCUGUGAAUAUCCAGGGAAUAACCUGUGUGAGCUGCACGAAUUAUCUGCCGUGUGUGAAUUAAACAUUUUGUCAUAGUUGUAAAAUUGGUCAUGUUUUCCUCAAUAUUUAUAUAAUAGUUAACUGUGGUAAUAGUUUUUAUUGUGUUAUAUUAAGUUAAAUGUAAGGUGCUGUAUUCAAUCAGUCUCACAUGUGAAGGUCGCAGCUAUCUAGAAAAUUACAUAACAUCCUUGGAGCAUGGUCAGUAUUAUCUAUCUGUACGUGUCUCAGCCUCUAUCGAAAUGAGCGCUUGUCACAGGUUUGCUGAUACGUCCAACUCAUAUCAAUAUUUUCGGACUACUUCAUCAAUUAUUAUUCAACUUAUGUGGACAUCACUUGGUCAAACUUCUUAGGCAAGCCUUAAUCCCUAUUCUCGGCGCACGAACUCAAAGUUUCUUAUCAAGCUGAUAAUUGAACAUGCAGUAAAUUCGUGACCAUUCAAGGUGUCUAGAGUAUAUAUACUGGCUAGCCCCGGGGGUACCUCACUGUCGAGAAAUCCCCAAUAAAGGGGCUGGCCAUAGACACUUUGUUUGGUUUCUUUGAAGGUAAGUCAUGUUCACCUUACUAUUUCUCUAAAGUUAUAAGUUAAAUUGUUUUAUAAUUUGUAUCGUAUAUGGAGCAAUAUUGUAAAGGUGUUUAAUCUUAUGUUAUUGACCGUGUAUAAGUGCAAAUAUAUUAAGUGAGUUGUAUCUAUUUAACGGACUUAUCUGUCAGAUGAACGUGCGUUAGGUUUAGACAAAACUAUCGUUUAAGUAUUAACUCCACAGUAUAGCAUAUAUUGAAUAUCAAACAUUUUCCGAGUCGGAAAUAAGAUGUUAACACUCGGGUGUCGUGGUAGCAAGCUGUGUAUUUUAUCUGCGUGUUGAUAUUUUAGUGUGAUUCAGUUAUUUUGUAUAUGUGAAAAUGUCGCGUAAAUGCAGACGAACUAUUUCACUUUGAUCAGACCUUUUAUGUCACACGAGGUAUGUACAUUAUCUUUUAAUGUAAGGAUUCUAUGAUGAACCAUACAUUGCAUGUAUUACUUGUUCAUAAACAGAAUCCAGACUGUUUUAAAUAAUUUUUAUAUGAAUUAUUUGAUGGAUCUAGCCUGGCAGAAAACGUUGAUUUCUGUAGCUAAUAUAUGAUGUAUUCACAUCACACAUAUUUAUGCUAAUAGCACAACUAAGCCAGAGCUAAAAUCAGUAAUAAUAUCCAUGUAAUCAUUUAGUUAAUCUGUUAGCGAUGUACAAAAAAGAUAGGUAACUCUCUUGUACUUACAUAGGUCUGAGCAUAAUGCAUUUGUAACACAGCUUCAGCAAACAUGUCUACAUUACGAGCAAUGCCUAAAAAUGUACAUAUAUCCAUAUAUUAUACCAUUCAGUAAUGUGAAUGGACAUUCGUUAAUGGGCCCGUUAACUCAGUGUAUGUGGAUGCUAUCAGAUAUAGUUUGUUUGCUGCGGUAGUUUAGAUGAAUUAUAGAUAUGGCCUUCAAGUAUAACAUAUACCAGCAUAAGACAAUGAAUGAUAUAUGCUCAGAAGUACAGCCAACACAUAUUGUUAUUUAUAUUUAAAUCUGCAUACAUGCGAUACCGAUAUUGAGUUUAACUAAGUUUAUACGUAAAUAAGACAUAUCUUAUGGCACUCCCAUUUAGCAAGGCGUAAUCAUAAUAAGGAGUGGCUGAAAAUAAGUAUCACAUAAGAACAUGGAAGCUUUGUUCACAGGUAUCUUUGUAGACUGACUUUAACAUUGUUAUUUGUAAUUGGUUGUUUUAUCACUUAGCCCAUGAUACAUUGGUAUAUCAUGACAUUUACACUCUUAUGUAUAAUCAUUGUUUAAUAUCACGCACUAUUGUGAUAACUGCUUCUUUUAUGGAAACUGUAAAUGUUCUAUAUGACUUUGUACUUUAUAUGUAAAAAUAUUUCUUAUUUUAAAUGUGACAGACUGUCGAGAAAUCCCCAAUAAAGGAGCUGGCCAUAGA